AUGGUCUUUACCGGCAGCGAGUCUGCUGUUGCGGGGCCCUCGUCCCUCGUCGACGUCGCACUGAUGCAGAGGCAGCACUGCAACGCCAAUCGCCCAUCUUCCUCGUCCUCGUCGAUGCCCCCUCGCCGGCAGUCCGACUCGACGCUCACCGGCAGGGAGAGAAUCGACCUCGACGAAGACGGCAGAGCAAAGCUGCGAAGAUGGGCAGCAGAAGCACUCGAAGCUCCACCACCACUCAUGGUCCCCUGCGAGCCCACGAAACCUGCGAGGCCUCUGCAGAGCGCCACGUCCCUGGGACGAUCGAGUCGACCUCGCUCAAGAUCACCUGUUGGGUCAACAUCAGUAGUCGACCCAGAGACCCUGUCUCUUCGUCGCAAGUCCCUCUUCGUCGAACAGACGCUCUCGCCAGGCGCACUCUCAUCACUACCAGACGAGCGCCCGCGGUCCUCAGUCACCACUCCAACAGCAACUAGCUUUCCCUCAGCAGCUACAAUGAUGCCCUCCAGCUCGUCACCAGCUCUCGGUCUGGCGCAGAGACGGCUGCAGUCUGGCCGACUCGAUGAGAACCUCGUACAGCGAAUAGCGACACCAGCGCCCGACGUCCAAGUGGCCAGAGGACCAGCCUCAGCCCUGUCAUCAGAGACUACACCAAGGCCGAGACCGGGGAAGGCUGCCAAUCUGCAUUCUCUUCCACGACUCAAGACCGUCAAGAUGCAAGAGCCAGGCACUCCGAGGGGUCACAGCGCCAUUGCAAGCACGUACGACUCGCCUCGGUCGACGACGUCUACCUGCGAAAGCGACGAGGACCGGGCCAUUGUAAUGACGCCCCUUGACGACGCUCUCCCAUCAGCGCGCUACGAGUCUCCUCUAGCAUCAGCAGGCAACGGCACACCCCCACUCAACACAUUGACAGACGCUCCUGCCGAUCGAUUGGGCUCAUCUCUUGGGCUCGAGACGCUUGGGCGAUCGCAUGAGAGUCCUAUUAGCACGUACAUCGCCUCCGGUCGUCGUGGUAGCGCAUCGCUCGACCAUUCUCCAUCACCUCUCCGCCCUCUUACCGCCUGCGAGGACAAUCACGCUUCUGUUCCUCCCCUCUCCCGCUCGACGCUCAUGGACCUGGGCUCCGUCAAAGGAUUGACUCCACCUUACCUCGUCGAAUCAGCCACCCCCGGACAAGGUCACAACGCAGUCUCAUCAGCCGCCGAGAGCAGCAAUGUCGUCUCCGCUGGCCUCGAGAUGGGUCUCGGCGUCAGCAUGGCUACUGCAGCUCUGGCCGCCAAUCUACCCGCUCAUGCCUCGGGUCUAGGCAACUUCGCCGACCCGCGACAUGCUCGUUUGCCGAUGUCGCGAGGGUUUGUCGACCCCUUGCCGCAGUCUGAGGGUCUCAGAACCACCGACUCAGAGGUCUCAGGGUUGCGUGAAAUGGUCCACCACGACGAGGCCUCCUACUACGCAUCGGCCGACACGGCAGACUUGUCGCGCCGCAAAACGACUGGCUGGGAUGCAGGCAAGAUCAGAAGGGACCUGAGCAAGCGUCACAGGGCAGAGACGCAUGACGAGGUCGUCUCUCAGAAUGCUGCUCUGAUACGUCAAGCAACGCAGCAUGCAGCGCCGCUAUCCCGCGACGUCGCAACUGCCAAAGAGCAGCAGCAGCAGCAGCUCAACUACGUCAGCCCCGUUCGGCCAAUGGUCUCUCUGCUCCCGGGCGAUCUGUCCGAUCCCUCAAGGCCGUCUGGGUCGAGUACCGUCUCGUCGUGGGACAGCCGCAGCACCCACGCGCGAGCAUCGCGUACUGGUAGUGCGCAGCUGGACACUCCAUCUCUCAGCGGGCGUGCUAUGUUGUCGCCGGACGUCAACCCGCUCACCGACAUGCGAGGGGGCAUCUUGGGUGGCGGCGGUGGAGGAGCAGAGAUGAACGAAGAUGUUAGAGUCACCAAGGCAAGAGAGGCAAUGUUGCGAGACGCUGCGUAUGGCGCGCAAGCUAGUGGAGGCAACAACGGCGGCUUGAUGGGAAGCAAUGUCGGCGGACACUUUGGACCAGGCGUUCGUGCAAAGGUCAUCGAGGUUCUCGACCCGCUCAUCGCUUCGGUACCCAUGACCGGCGAGGAUGGCGAGACCUUCAAUCUCGUCGAGUACGGAUGUCUCAACUCGCGCUCCAUCCCAGUCAUGCAGCUCAUCAUCUCCAAGUUUGCCCAGCGGGCAGCGGAUGCUCGUCGAACUUCUGGCAUGGACCUCGCUACCGUGGGCGAGGACAGCGAUCUUCGGCACGGCAGGAGUGGAACGUUGCAGCCGAGGGGACACAGUCACCGCCACAUCGAGCCAGAACAUAGCCGCGCCAGCUUCACUGUUCUGCACGAGGAUGCUGGCACGCUGGACUUCCGGCCUGUGAUUCAGAGCCUCGAUUCUCGAUCGGACUCGUACCUCGAUUCGCAAUGGCAGGCAAGCCACAAGCCCUCCCUCCAGGACUGCGUCUUCUCCUCCUUUGUCGGCCGACCAUUCGCCUCGCGCAUCGCCCCGCCCAAGACGAUGCAUUUCGGCAUCAGCCUCAUGGACAUGCACUGGACACAUACACCAUCGAACAACGUUAUGCCAAUGGCCACCACCUCACAUGCAGAGCUCGUCACUUUCCUGCGCGCUCGCUCUCACGAGUUUAAGACGGGAGGCGUACUUGUCGUCGCCUUUCUCGCUCGCUCCGAGGAUGCAGCAUCCCUGACGCGCAAGAAGAGCCUCACGAGCGCCGUGUCAGGCCCUGGUGGAGCUGCUGGGAGUAAAGCGCCAUCGGACAUCUGGACGAAGCUCACCAACACGCUAGCGCCCUGCAUCCAGCGUCUCGUCUCAUGCGGAAUGCUCAAGAGCGAUGUGGCUCGCUUCCUUCUCGACUUGCCACUGCACCCGCGCACGCCACGACAGACGUGCAACGCGCUCAACUCGCUGCGCAACCUCUGGGGCGUUGAGUGGAGUUGCGGUCUUGGAUUGGAGGCGUCCAAUCCAAGCAGCAGUAGCAAUCCCAACCUCCCGCCCAGCGAGGCAUCCCCUCUCCGCAUAGCUCAUCCAGCGUGGAAAGCUUUCCAAGCCGGCACGCUCAGCAAGGUGGCCCUGACGGAGCACAUGCUGAUGCUCUUCAAGAACCUCUACGAGGCGCACUUCCGUACCGUUCUCCGUGAGCGGGGCAAGUUGAGCAAGGGUGCGGCUGAGUUCGUGCUCGAUUCUUUGUGGGAUAUCUUGUCGAGCAAGAUCGACGAUCAGCAUCCGCAUAGCACGAUGGAGGAGGUGGAGAUAGAAGUCAGCAUCGUGGCGCUCAAGCGGUUGUGA